GCCAGCAGUGUCUACCGCCAACCGCCCGACGGAAACUAUCGGUUAGCCGGCAACCGACCGGUCGGUUACCGGUUAGUUGCUCGAUUAACCGUGGUAACCGCAAUUUUAACCAAAUUCAUUCGCCGUCGCGGAGAUGGGCGGAGAACUUGACGGGGGCGCUACGGCCUUCGACCUCCAGCAGGAACUCCACCUUGUAAGGUAGAUUGGCGGAAAUGGUCUUCUCUGAUGCUGCUUCCUCCACCUGGCGGCGGUUGUUAGCCCAGGAGAUGAGGAACAAGGGAGAGCGAGUGAGGAAGGUAACCGAGUGGCGCUGGGGCGCGGAGAAGGCAGAAGGCCGAUGGCGGCGGCGGGGGCCGCGGCGGAGGUUGCUGCGGGGAAGGGUUUGCGGCGGCGGACUCUUGCUGGCGGCGAGGACUGGUGUGGGCGUCGAUGCAGAGAAGGGAAGGGAAGGAAGAAGUUUGAUUCCGCAAAUUGGGGAAGGAAGACGAAGUCGAAGACGAAUUAGGGUUUUGGUGAAACGCUGAAGAGUGGGCAGCUGGGCGGCGUUUAGUGUGGGGGGGGGGGGGGGGGGGGGGGGUUUGGCCGUGUCGGUUAGCCGGCGUUUAGAUCCGUCGGUUAGCCGGUUAACCGCCACCUCCAAUAUCCCUACCGAGCACCGCCCGCGUACAUUUUUAUUCGGUUAGUCUGUUAACCGGUAACCGGCGGUUAUCGAUUUAACCGGCCGGUUAACCGGUAACCGCUAACUGAACGGCCAGCCCUAUACAUGACUACAUGUGGGCCUGCGGGAAUCAAACACGAGAAUACAGGUCAGUUUACUAA